AUGAAGUCUAUCAAGUCAUGUUGUUGCAUACCAGAUUUUGAUAAGAGGAAAGGAGCGGCUCAGGAAGGGUGGAAUCUACCUCCUCCAAGAUCAGAAAUAGCUCUGCACACCACUAUUACUAUUGAUGGGUUGUGGAGGGCUUCAAAUGCAGUGGUUUCUCUUCUAAAUAGACCUGGAAUGCUUUACGGCCGAGGGCAUGCAGCGGAGCAGCGUUGGGCUAAAGCCGUAUGGUUCACACGUGCACCAGCGAUCCUAAGAAAACUAGUGGCUCAUGCUACAGUUUUUCACCUUUGGAAACAGAGUAAUAACAUUCUACAUAACAAAUGUUCCAUUCCGCCAUCAACGCUCUUCGGAAUUCUUGACAAGGACAUCAAGAAUAUCAUCUCUUCAAGAAGACAUGGAAAAGGAUUUGAAAGCAUUAUGCAACUUUGGCUGCAUUGA